AUGGCGCGGCCCUUGCGGGGUGGCGACAGUGGAGGCAGGCGCAGCAGGACGUACUGGAUGUGCAGCUGCGGUGGGUGGAACUGGGACUGGCGCACCACGUGCUUUGGCUGUGGGUACGCGGCCCCGCCCUGGGCGCUGGAUGCCGCUGCCAAGGCCAAGCCCCAGGCGGACAAGGACGGCUGGGUGGAUCAGCCACGCGGGCGCCGUGCGCAGCGGCAGGCCCGCAGUGCGGCAACGAGUGCGGCAACCUCCAAGUCGCAGACCUCGGCGUCGGGCGCCAGUGGGACGCCCAGCGGCAGCGGCGCCACGGCGAUCGAGAGGCUGCAAGUGGCGGUCGAGCAGCUGGAGGCGCUGCAGGCGGAGCCGCCCGAUGGAGUCGACUGUUGCUUCACCGACGUCGUCGCCAGCCAGCUGGAGGCCAAGCGCGCAGAACUGGCAGAGGCCCAGCGGGCAGCUGCGGAGCAGAAGGCGUCCUCCAUGCCGCUGUCGACGAUGCUCCACAAGGAGGCGAACGUCAUCAGCAAGGCGGAGAAGCGCCUCCGAGCAGCGCGCCAGAGCCUGGAGCAGAAGCAAGAGGCUCGUGGACUCGUUGAGGCCCAGCUGCAGAAGGCCCAGGAGGAGCUGGCGCAGCUCGGCGCGGAGGUGGAGGAGGCCAGCCGUGCGCUCCACGCCCUCGAGGAGGAGGCCAGAGUGGAGGCUGCGGCGCAGCUGCGCCAGCGAGCGGCCGAGUGGGCAGGGGCCAGCCAGGUCCCAGGGCUCCUCAUGCAGCUGGACAAGCUGCCCGAGGCUUGGGGUUCCAGCAACUUCGAGGUGGCGUGGGCGGCCAUUCGCUCCCAGGUGGAGGCAGUGCGCGCGCAGCUUGCCGAGGCCCCUGCCGCCCCGAGGAGAGCGCCCUGGGCGGAGUCGUGCCCCAUGGACGAGAUCAGCAGCGAGGACGGCGACCACGCAGGAGGCUGCAGGCCCUGGCAGCCGCAGUGUGCCGCGGAGCGAGGCCAGGCCGAACGACGCGGCGACGCCCACGGUGAGUGGCCGAAGGUCGCCCAGGCGUGCAAGCGGGAGCUGGCGGCCGAGGCUGAGGACCUGGUGAGAGGCCACAGCUGUCUUGCGCGUAGCCACGCCAGAGGCGCUCUGCAUAGGCAGCAGGAGGGCGGCGGCGCUGAAGCGCCCCGCUUCGGAGGCACGCGGCCCCUCGACCUCGGGAGUGCGCAGGCCGCGCCGGCGCCAGGCCAGGCUGGGACGGCAGCUCAGGAUGUCCGCUGCGGGCUGGAGGAUUUCGGGGUCAACGGCAACGUUUGGGGGUGGAGCCUGGAGGGGGCCGAGGCCUCGGGCUCGCGCAGCGGGGCCCCGCCGCGCCUUGUAGGGCUCCAGGAGACCCGCCUGGCUCCGCACCGCCUGGAGGAGGCCAGAGGAGCAGCGUGGCGCAUGGGCUCUACGGCGUUCCUCCACGUGUCGGCGCCCACGGGCAAGGAGGGCCAGCUGGCGAACUCAGGCGGCGUCGCAGGCUGGAGGCAGGGCUUGUGUGGAGUCACAGUGUCCACUGCGUCAGGCCUGCAGCUACUGGCAUGCUCGCUGGGGCCCAAAGGCUUCUACCGCGACAACCUCGCUGCCUUCGGCGACGCGGUGCUCUGCCAGAGGCCGCGGUUCAUUUCCGUCGUGGGCCUGGCCACAGAGACGUUCAGCACCAACGGGGCAGGUUUGGCGGGGUGUGCGUGUAGCCUCACUGUAGCCAAGCCGCCUGGGCUGGCAGCCCUCCGCGCCGCCCCAGCGGGCGGCAGGCCGCUGGGUGUGGUGCGCUACGUCGUCGGCGACAUCGCGCUGCAGGCCGUGGGCGCGGAGCAGCUGGUGGCCGCGCGGUUCGGCAGAGCAGGGCUGGAAGUGGUGCGUCGCCUCCGCGGUCAGCGCCUGCCUCUCAGGGCUGCCCAGACGUCCUGCCUCGCUCCGAGCCCCAGCCCAGGACGCCAGCUCGGGGCGCGCGGGAAGUCGCUAGGCUGGACCCUCGGCGAGACCUUGAUGGCCAGGAACCUCGGCUCGGACCCCGCCAGCACGAGGUGGGGAGCACAUGGGGGCAGAGUCCGAGCUGCAGGAGCGCUUCGCCGAGCGCGCAGGCUGGACCCGAUCCACAAGGCUGGGCCCGCGGCCAGCAGGGUGAGCGGGGUCGCGGACAACGCGGACCGCGAGCUGCACGGUUGGAGGCUGGCGGCCUGUCGCUGCGCAGGAGCGCUCCCCAUGGGCGCAGAGCGAGGGCUGUGCAUGCGCUGUGGCGAGCUCAGGAGGAGGCGUAACCUGGGCCCUGCAGCUCUCAGGGCAGGCCGCGCAGUCCAGAUGAUGGCGGGCCUGCUGCAGGCAGGCGAGCCGCCGCCUACGCUGAUGGAGCGGGGGCUGGAGGCGGCGGAGACCAGGCGCGCAAGAGCUGACGCGCCAUGGAAGCAUUGCGCCUCCCCCCUCGGCGCGGAGAAGCUGACCCGUGCGUGGAUCGAUUGGCACUUCAAGUCUGAGCAGUGCAUGAUCGCGGACCUCGGCGACGAGCUCGACCUCAUGCACCGCGGGGCCCAGGUGCUGGGCUGGGAGGCUGGCCCGGGCGCUCGAAGUGCAUCCUUUCGUCGCGAGAUGCGAAAGCUCAGCCACGACACCUACCUGCUGGGGGCCUGCAUCUCCAACCCGCGCUGGACGCAGGCCAGGCUCCUCGAUGCACGGGAACAGGGGCAAGCACGCUGCAGCGAAGCAGAGAGAGGCACCUUGUGGCACCGCCAGCACGGCAGCCCUGUGCACGAGGCCCAGCGGUACGGCAGAGGCAGCUGGCUGCCUGCGCACAGGCCACCGCAGGGUCGCCGCACCGACGCCAUGGGGGUGCGUUGUUUCCGCAGGCCGCCUGGUGAGAAGCUCAGCGGCAAGCUGUACCUCGACGGCGCGACGCUCGAGCCGCUGUUCGGCGACUUGCGCUGGGAGGGCGGAGCCAUUGCGCACCGCGACGGCGACGGCAACCUGGUGGCAGAGGUCUACGGGGCAGACGGGCGCGACCGCUGCCCGCAGCGGACGGCCAAGGACGGCGAGGACGUGGAGGCCUGGACGCUCGCCACCCUCGCUAGGCCAGCAGUGGAGGAGGUCAGCAUCGACUGUUCUAGGCAUGCAGUGCUCAACGGGCGCCUGACGGAGGCCCAGAGGCGAGGCAUCGAGCACGCCGACCGCCUUGCCCUGGGGAGGGCCCAGGUGCAUGCAGUGGACAAGCGGACCGUUGGCGUGCACCAGGCGCAGGCGGGGUUCGUGCAGGAACUCGGGCGCUGGAUCUGGUGCGCCGUCAUCCUCGGGCAAGGCAUCGAGGCCGGUGGCGGCGAAGGGCUCCCUCUUGCUGCCCAGCGGCGCCAGGCGCGUUUCGCUGACGCCGAGAGUUCUCAGGCAGCGGAGGAGGCCAAGGGCGAGGGGCCGUCGGCCGAGCGGCCACGGCUGGAGAGCAUCCGCUCGACAGGCAACAGCUCGGCAGCCCUUUCGGCCAGUGCGGUAGCCUUCAGCAUCCUGGGACAUGCCCUGUCCUACGCCUGUGCUGGAGAAGGUGAGGGCACCCAGGAGCUCGUGGCGUGCUCCAAGUGUAGGGCCUACAUGGCGCUGGGCGGCCGCUCGGGGGUCAAGCCUCGCCUCAAGGAGCGGUGCCCAGGCGACAAGACCGACGAGGGCGGCAAGAACCAGCGCAGCCUGUGGCUACGUGGACUCCAGCCUGGAGGCAGGAGGCAAGAGGGGCCACGAGCUGCCAGGCACAGAGUGAAAGGAGAGGGCAUCCCUACGCUGCGUUCGCAGGGUCCAGUGCCAGAGCACGCGCAGGAGCGGUGCCUGGAGUGGCUUGGCACGGCAGCGGAGCCAGCUGCAGACCCCUCGGCCACGGCGACCAGUGCAGGCAGCGCCCCAGCGGCAGCUGCGGAGCCGCGAGUGGCUGCGGACCCAGGAGGAGGCCCCUCGGGUGCGGCCGUUGCCGCGGUCGCCGCCAGCCCGCCCAAGCGGCGCCCAGCUGCGGCGAGAGUGGGGAACCUCGGCGAGUUCGAGGUCGUCGGUGAGGGGCUCGCCGCCGCGGCUGGCACUGAGGGCGGAGCCCUGGAAG